UGAAGUCAGCCUUCAUCAGCCGAAUAGUUUAUGCAUGAAUCGAAACUUCAGACCUGGCAGGGUGGGGGAACGUGCAGGAUCUGCGCUCUUUUAGAAUGCUGGAGCCAAGGAAGGAGGAGGGGAUAGAGGAAAUAGCAGGAAAAUAAGACUGGGGAAGCGGGGAGAGAUUUGAGAAGCUGGAUGAGUGUUUCGCUCUGUUAUUGUGAGGAGCCAAGUUCCUUAAGCAUCUCCUGGUGGAUAUUAAGAGGGAGCUGUGGAGGCUGGAGCGUUCCCCUGGACACUCGCAUGCUGUAGCUUUAAGACUGUUUUACAGAGGACUCGGGAUUUCCAGUUUUCCUGUGCCUGGUGGAGUAUUCCAGGGAGUUACAGGAUUUUUCGGGUCAUGUACCCCCUUUUUCUUUCUUCUUCCUCCUUUCUCUUUCUCUCUUACUCUUCUUUUUCAUUUCAAAGAGACAAAGCUACUUCAGUUUGGAGCACAAACAUAUGAUCAGCACAUGGAAAUGUGGUAAUUUGGAUGCAUUCAUGAUUGCAACAGAUUGAAGAAAUUAGACCAGACAAAGAGCUUUUUUUGGAAGAGGAGGAGGAAGAGGCAAGGCAAGGAGGGAGGGAGAGUGGGGGAAAGAAGGGGACGCCACCGAAAAAAGGGACGGCCGUGACACGCGGAUGCUAAAUAUAUCCCGUAGUAAUGGAGAGGGACCGGAUUUCAGCUCUGAAAAGAUCUUUUGAGGUCGAGGAGGUAGAUCAGUCUUCGAAUUCCUCCACCCCACAAAGACGGGCCCCGAACACCCUCCUCAGGUCCACCGUGUCCAGCUCCACGCAGAAGUUUCAGGAACUUGGCGCCAGGAAUUCGGAGCCAUCCGCCCGACAUGCAGAACCCACAGUCCAAAGAUCACCCAAGCCCCCUCUGAGGAGAGUGGAGCUCUCUGGACCCAAACUGCCCGAGCCAGUGUCCAGAAGAACAGAAAUCUCCAUUGACAUCUCAUCCAAGCAGGUGGAGAACUCCACCUCAGGGUUGUCAAGGUUUGGCCUCAAACGAGCAGAUGUGCUGGGUCACAAACCCCCCGAGCCCACCCCAAGGAGGACUGAGAUCACCCUCGGCAAGCCCCAGGAGCCGGGUCUCCGGAGGGUGGAGGCGCCGGCAUCAAAGAUCCCGGAGAUGCCGCAGCGAAGAGCUGAGACAGCCAGCGCUCCCGCGCCUGACACGGCCACCAAGCGCGUGGAAAUCCAGGUAGCAAAAGCUGCUGAGGUCUCAGCCCCACCAGCACGGCAGGUAGAGAGCUCAGAGCCUCCCCUGCCCGCCCAGCCUCCCCAGGCAGAGCCAAAGCUGCAGCCGGUGCCGAUGGAGAGCCCACCAAAGAGAGAAGAAGGUCCAGAGGCAGUUCCCAGCCACGCACCCAGCAUGACAGACACUCCACGGGAUGCCGGCCCCAAGCCGGCGGCGCCGACGCGGCCGGAGAAACCGGCUGCGGACUUCGGCUACGUGGGGAUAGACGCCAUCCUGGAGCAGCUGAGACGGAAAGCCAUGAAGCAGGGGUUCGAGUUCAACAUCAUGGUCGUGGGUCAGAGCGGCUUGGGGAAAUCCACAUUAAUCAACACCCUCUUCAAAUCCAAAAUCAGCCGGAAAUCUGUACAGCCCACUUCUGAGGAGCGGAUCCCCAAGACCAUUGAAAUCAAAUCCAUCACUCACGAGAUUGAAGAGAAGGGGGUUCGCAUGAAGCUGACGGUCAUCGACACCCCGGGGUUUGGAGACCACAUCAACAAUGAGAACUGCUGGCAGCCCAUCAUGAAGUUCAUCAACGACCAGUACGAGAAGUACCUGCAGGAGGAAACCAACAUUAACCGGAAGAAGCGGAUCCCUGACACGCGGGUCCACUGCUGUAUAUAUUUCAUCCCAGCCACGGGCCACUCGCUCCGACCGCUGGACAUCGAGUUCAUGAAGCGCCUGAGCAAAGUGGUCAACAUCGUCCCCGUGAUCGCAAAGGCUGACACGUUAACGCUGGAGGAGAGGGACUACUUCAAGCAGCGGAUAAUGGCUGAUCUUCUGGCCAACGGGAUCGACGUGUACCCUCAGAAGGAGUUUGAUGAGGACUCUGAAGAUCGGCUAGUGAACGAGAAAUUCCGGGAAAUGAUCCCAUUUGCAGUGGUGGGCAGUGACCAGGAAUACCAGGUUAAUGGAAGAAGAAUCCUUGGAAGGAAGACCAAGUGGGGCACCAUUGAAGUGGAGAACACGACACACUGUGAGUUCGCCUACCUGCGGGACCUCCUCAUCAGGACACACAUGCAGAACAUCAAGGAUAUUACCAGCAACAUCCACUUCGAAGCCUACAGGGUCAAGAGGCUGAACGAGGGCCAGGGCUCGCUCUCCAACGGCGUGACCGACAAAGAGCUGGUGGCUAACGAAAUGUAACCGUCUCGCUCCGUAGCCAGGACCUUGCUCGCUCACGCUCGCUAUUUCUCCCCUCUCCCCCCUUUAUUUUUAUAUAAAUCCUCUGCCACUGUCCCCCUUCCCCUCAGUGGGUCCCCCACCCCCUGCCAUGUUAACUGACCAAAUAAACCAGGUGUGGAGCG